GAAGUGGUCGAUGCGGAUGAGGCGCUUGAAGCAGGUGCUGCCGUCGCAGAAGAAGGCAAGGUGAACACCCCACAACCCUCUUCUGCUAGACCUACAUCGAAGAAGGAGGAGCAGAAGGCUCCGGCUGCAAAAGUCACAUCUACAUCUAGCAAUUCUGCAGAAGCUUCGGGAGGCAGGGCCUCGUCAACCGUACCUAUACCUAAGAUCGCAGAGGACAGGCCAGCCAAGCAGAGUUCUGCGGAGAAGUCGAAGGACCUGGAGAAAGAUGGUGAUGGGUUCGAUCGAGAGGCUAUCAUGGCCAAUCUUCAACAGAAUGGCGCGAAGAACGACAAGGUAGACCGUGAUGCCAUAGCAGCCAAUCUCCGAUCAAACGCCGAGAAGCCUAUCUCUCGCAAACCUACACAAAGAGGUACAUCAGCUGACCGAGCACGUCAAAUCUCAGCAAAAUCAUCUACUGGCCCUCCUGAUCGUGCUGCAAUCAGAGCGGCUCUCACCGGAAAGGGGGCGCCCGACCCAUCCAUAACGGCAAAGGAAGAGGCCGAAAAAGCUCGUCAGCAGGCGGAGGAGGCAGAGAUCCUUGCCGAAAACCGUCGUUACCAAAAAGAGCUGAUGCAGCAACAGCGCAAAGAAGAGGCGGACCGACGCCUAGAAGAUCUCAAGGAACAGCAAGCAAUCCGGUCAGAGAAGCGAGCAUGGGACGCUCAGAGACGUCAAGAGGCUCGUCAAGCUAUUUCGAAGGCAGCAGAAGUGAAGGCGAUGAGCCAGGAAGAGAUGAACAAGAUUCUGGCUCAGAACCAGUUCGUUGAACGCUUUAGCGGUAUGGCCGAGAACUCCCAGAAGUACGACUUCGACCCAACAGCUCCUCGAGGACCCAGCCAGAGCGUUACCUACACAUCUCGAUUUGUUGAUCGCCUUAGCGAUGUAACCGAAGACAUGAGCGUGUCGGCUUCGCUAUCGAUCAAAGCUGGAAAGGUCGGAGGAUCUGGUAAAGGUAGCUUCGUGGACUCUGACAAGUUCAAGGAGAGCGAUCUCAACUUUUACAUCUCCGUCAAAGUGGUCAACCAGACUAUCAACUUCAAGGACCCGCUCGUCUACAAUCCCUUGCGCUCCGUCAACAAGGACAACUUCCGCGAGAUCUAUGGCGACUCCUUCAUAUCAGGGUUUGUUGAGGGGGGCGAAUUCAAUGCGCUUGUGAGUAUGAAGAUCCUCAAUAAGGCCAAGAAGUCGGAUAUCCAAGCCCAAGCCAAGGUCGCUCUGACAGUUGGUCCAGUCGAUGUCUCGGGAGAAGCGAGUCUUGGGAUCGCUCGAAGCAACAUCGAGACUAACACGGAGACUACCAUCAUGGUAAAUUGGUCAGGAGGUGGCCACAUCAAGCCAAUGGAGCAGCAAUGGGACAUCCAGAGUCUGAUGGCAGCGGCAGCGCGUUUUCCAGAUCUCGUAGCUGAUUGUCCUCAGCGAACAUAUGCGAUUUUAACGAAAUACGACUCGUUGAGAAGCUUCGUUGCUGAAAAGCCCGCGUCUUACACUGCGCUGCAGUAUGAAAACGCCCAAGUAUACACAAGCACCUUGUUAGAUUCCUUCGUCAGCUACAAGUCACUAUACAAACGCCUCGGUGAACAGAUCUUCGGGGUACAGGGCAAGCUGCUGGAAAUCACACCCUGGAGCGACGAGGAGCAGAAGAAGGUUUCAUCUUAUUCGACUGCCGUGAUCAAGAUGGGCAACAAGAACAAGGACACCGGAUUAUACCCUUUCCAAGAGUCCGAGUCCAACUUCGAGGCUUCUAUCAAGGGCCUUAGCGACGCUAGAACCGCCGUGCGCCGCCAGAUGGCUCGCAUCGUAAACGAGGUCGAUCUGAUGGAAAGAGACCCGAAGCUGGCGACAGACGAAGACCACGUUGAGCCAUAUCAAAAUCCCGUCGCCUUUGAGGCCCGACUUCCCAAGAUCGAUGUGCCUGAGAAAUUGCGUAUCAAGGGCAGCCCCCUGUCUGGCAAGGUCAUCGAGACGAAACAAUUGACUGAAGCUGAGGAACAGGCGCUCGCUAAAGAGGAGGAGGCUUUCCUCAAAUCUGAUCCUGCAGGAGAUAGAUCUUUUGUCGGACAGGGCUUUGACAACCUCGACUUCGUGAAGUCGGAUUGGGCAGUGAGUGCGAUUCGCACCGAGAUGGCUAACGGCGCUCUUGUGUACUUGGCAGUCAAAUAUGCCAACGGACUGCUCGUCGAGAAAGGCAAGUCAGCGGACAAGGCACGAAUAAAGAUAUUCGGGGACUUCAGCAGUGGUGAGCGCAUCACCUCUGCAUCCAUCGAGCAUGGUGCGCCUCAAGUCGCGUCUUCUAUCGCGUCUGGUACAGGCAAAGGUACAAAUGAAGAGGAAACUCCAACAAGGCUGGUACUCGGACUUCGCCUCUUCACCAAUCGUGGCCGUCAUCUGAUCGCACGCGCUCUUCACUCACAACUUGGAGAAAAGAGCGGUGUUGUUGUCCGGGACGGCGUCCCCUUCGAGGACGUCAAGAUACAGUACAUCGAUCUGCCUUUCAGCUCAGGUACUCUCCAAGGUUUCUUCGGUCGAACUGAUGACCAGAAUGGGAAGAUAUACCAGCUGGGCAUCAUCUGGUGUCGCCUCGCCGAGACGAAGGCUUCGGACGCUGAGGUUGCUUUUACGGAUUCUGGAGAUGUAGUCGACAGCGAAGAUCUCGCGUCACUUCAGAAGGACCAGACAGAGGGUAGCAAAACUCUUGCAGCAUUGAGACAGAAACUUGACGCCACUGAAAAGCAACUUGCCGUCGACCGAGAGCGUGCGGAUAAUCGAAUUGCAGAGAUGGAGAAAGAAAAGAGCCAACGCAUCUGGGGAGCACAGCACGGCCAGUACAUUGCAGAGAACAACGGCUGGACUCCUGGCCAGAACAAGUUUAUGCGAUGCUCGACCACAUUCCGUCAAUCUUACCCGGAAACACCAAAAUUGCUGUUUGGCUUGAGCCGUGUUGAUGCUGAAGGUAGCCUGUCGCGUUCUCUGUCUCUGUCACAGCCGGAGGUCAAUGCCAGCGGCUUCAGCGUCCAAGCUGCAUCAUUUGACAAUUGUUACGGAUACUCACUUGGAUGCAGCUGGUUGACGCUACCCAAUGACCUCCAUCUGGAGACUGGCAUGAUCUGCUGCUCCGGCGACCGCAAGGCAUAUGUGCAACAGGUGUUCUUCAGCCAGAGCUUCGCGUCGCCGCCCAAGAUUGCUGUCUGGUUCCAAGAAUUCAACUAUCCCAACGGCGGCUUCCUAUCCCUCAAAUGUAGAGCUGCGGAAAUUACUCCUCACUCAUUCAACCUCUACAUCGAAUCGUGGGCAGACAGAUACUUUAGGCAGGCACGAGUGCAGUACCUCGCUUACCCAAGUGAAGAAGACGGAAAGCGAGUUAAGGCAGGUAGGACUACAGUAACCCGCGGGCAGGGACCCAACGGCAGUCGGAACCAAGCGCCCUUCUACGGUCAACCUUUCAAGAACCAGCCUGCGACAUUCGUCGCAAUUUCCGAGAUGGACUUCAACAGCUCGCGCAACUUGCGGCUCGCUUGUAAUGCUAAUGCUCCGAAUAACAGAGAGCUUGUAUGGGACUUGGGUACUUGGAGUGAUUCCGACAUGGACCACGCCGAGUGUCAAUGGAUUGCGAUUGAGUGAGGUUGGUUGUUUCCUGCUGUUCUCAAACAUGCACUUUAGCCACAAAUUUGUUAUUUCCCAUCUAUACCAUACUUAUCUCUUCAUUAUGUACCACAUCGAAUCCCAC